GGUUAAGGUUUGUAGGUUAAAGGUUACACACGCUGCUCCGCAUGUGUUAUUGUUUUUAAAGAUAAUUUGUAAUCCAUUGAAAUAAAGGGCAGUGACAUGGGGAAGAAUAAGAAGAACAAAACUAACGAGUCAGGAAAACAAGUGGGCGAGUCCGGUCAACGUCCAAGUGACAAGAAGCUCAAACAGAGAGAUGGUAAACCCAAGAAAGCCAAACCGGAUCACAUGGAGCACAUCCCCUUUAAGCUGCGUGAGAUAAUGAAAAGCAAGGAGAGAAUGAAAACGGGAUCCUUAAAAACCAAAAAGCUAAAAGAAGCCAUCUCCCCUAAAGGUAAACCAGAGGAUUCGGAGACUGGAGACAUACCUGUCCCACAUUUCAAGAGGGGAAAGGCGGAAAGUGUAAAAGCAUAUCUGCGGCGCAUGGACAAUGAGACCAAACACGUCCUCUUCCUCACCAAGAACCAAGUAGACAGAAAGCCUGAGUUGGAUGACGACAAACAAGAGGGAUCUGCAGACAAGGGCAAGUCUGAGAAAAAGAAGGAGUAUGAUCAACUCAGAUUAGUGAAGCUACACCAGAAAAAGUUGAACAGACAACUGGCCCAGAUGGAGAAAGAUAUGUUCGUAGAUGAUGUUCCCUUUGGUGAAGUUUCAAUGGCCCCGCCGUGUUUGAGUGCCAAACCCAGGAAAGCUCCGGUCAAGCCCAAGAAGGAGCUGCUUCUCAACUCUCUCCUUGGCCACACGGUGGUCUCCACAACCAAGCCCUCCAUGGCCAGACGGAGAAUCAUGGAGGAGGAGAGGGUGCGAGUAGUGGAGGCGUACCGUCUUCUUAAGAAACAGAAACAGAAAGAGUACGAGUCCAGGACAGCCAAUCUGGAAAAACUGAAGAACCCCAAGUGAUGUUUCAUGUCAAGGAGAUAGAAGUCCCCCCCGACUUCAGGCACCACUGAAGCUCAGACACUGACACGGAUCGAGAGAUAACCGUCGACAGACUCUUUGUGUUGUGUAACUUUGGAACUGCCCAGAGCUUAUCACAGCGCAGCUGUCGGGGGAGGGGAAGAAGCAAACAUUCACGUCCACUGCCCACAGUACGAGGUCAGCAGGGAUCAACAUUCACCUGCAACGCUCAGUGUUGCACGUUUAGCUCAAAAUAGAAAAGGACGUUUAAAUUGUUAAUGCCUGUUUGUUUUUAUAAGAAGAUAAACUGAUCAGCCCUAAAUAAAUACAUCCAGACACGUAACUUUGUUGAAUUCUCACCCCUGUAUUUGUGUCAGAUGUUCAGUUGUAUUCGCACUGUCUUUUUGUAUUUACAUCUUUAGGUAGCCAAAAUGACAUCAUUUGUCAAUAGACAAUGACUUCAUAAAGGCCACGUCAAGGCAAAGAUGAACCGUUAACUGUUUGCUGUGGUCCCACUAGAUGGCAGUCCGCCUGCAGAAAGCUGGUUUCACGUUGUUUGUAUGGAGAGCUGACAGAUUAUGCAAAACUUUAAAGUGAAAAAUGUAUUUUGAAUGGCAAAUCAUGCCUAAUUAUAAAUAUGAAUGCAUGGCAGUAGACCUAUAAUACUUCCAAACCUUUUCUCUAGUUGUACCCACCCUGAGAGCCUGAAUCCUGGGAUGAAUAAAUCCCAGCAGGCUUUUUAAAUACGGAGCGCCUAUUGGAGCCUGGUACAGCUAUUUACGUUUGUAAUCCGUGAAAAGGUUUACCCUCAUGAACAAGGCCUGUGUUUGAACAUUGUUCUCUGGGACAAACUGCAAAUUCAGAUUAUGUUUGUUGAACAACUUCAUCUUUUCAAAGCGUCGAUCUCAAAGCAAACGUUACACUGGUAUUUAGUUUUUGUUGCAAUAUUGAUGUACGGAAUAACAACACCAGAUGGUUUUACCAAUUAUUGAAUCCCUGUUGUCGGGUAGACGGGUUCACAGUCAUUUCUGUUUGAUCAGUUUUUUUUUUUUCUUUCUUUUUUUUUUUUCUUUUUUUUUUGGGUCUGUGUUUGUCCACUGAGGGUUGUCACAGUGACAUGGAAAACACAUUAAGUGGGGACAGCUGCUUGUGAUUGGUGGUGCUGAGCUCAACCACCAUUGGUCAUUUACCCCGGUGUCCAUGUGCACAAGACGGCUAUCCGCAUUAUCAAGGGAUUUACGGUUGCUUCCUGUCAGAGAAAGAUGCUGUUUGUUUUAGUUUUUUUAUUUCAGCUCAAGUCACUGAUCAGGAGUUAACAUUCAAUACACUUUAAAUAAAGACAUUGUCAAGGUUUAA